AUCGCCAGCAGAAACUUGCGGACAGCAACGGUCGCAGGCACUUCGAUGGACCCGACCUUCAAGCCGGGAAGCAGCAUCCUCGUCGAGGCGCGAUCGGCCACCGCGGAGGAGGAUCGGGGCGACGUCGUGGUACUCCGCUCGCCAGAGGAGGGCUGCGAGGAUGAUCUGCUCACCAAGCGCGUAGUCGGCCUCGAGCGAGACUGGCUGUAUGCGAGGGACGGGAGGUUGGUGAGGGUGCCGACUGCGCACGUCUGGGUGGAGGGCGACAACGCCUCCAACUCGAAUGAUAGCACGCACUACGGCGCAGUUCCUCGGGACAAACUGGUGGGCACGGCCGUGGCUAAGGUGUGGCCGCCC